CCUGCCCAGUCUGCUGGGGUAAGCACAGCCUCCAUCCAGUACCACCGGAUCCAUGCAGACAAAUACGAGAAGACCUCACAAGUCUGCUAGCAUUUCCUGACCCAUCUUUCCAUUCCAUCCAUCCAUCCAUCUACCCAUAUUUUUCUUUGUCUGCCUGCCCUUGUCCCUUUAUAAGUCUCCUCCCAUCGGUGCCGUCACACAAUCUUUACUCUCGUGACUCUAUUCACCUCCGUAUUACUCACUCUCGCUUUUCUGUCUUUAUUUCCUCUAUCGUUUAAAUUAACAUCGCAUCCCAGCUAAUCCUUGGCUCGUCGAUCUCACUCUCGCUCACGCAACUCAUUUGGCAUCAAACGACUAUCCACUGCAGAUACAGAAAAAGUCUUGUUGUUCUUCGUCUCACGCCUAUUCGUUCAGGUAGUCACAAACGACGAUUUGACACAACUCUUGAUCACGGAUACCCAGAUUCCUCACUUGGUUGUGUAUCCCUCUGGAAGUUCGCGUCAGCGGCCAGUUUAAAGCGCGAUUACGCCUUCGUUCCCCUUAGCAGUUGUGAGCCAGGACGACAACCUCUGCAUACCUCAGCUGGCAUAUCCUGCCUACCUUACCUAGUCAACCUUUCUUUUCGCAAAACACUCCACAACCUCAGUCGCCAUGUACAUGACACGCCUUGUGAAGCUGCUAAUGGUAGCUCUUGCCGUUGUCUGCGUCGCUCAGGCAUCAUGGAUUGAUCUCAACAAGAUUCACUUGCGGGAGCGUCGACUCGUCCGCAGAGCAAGCCCAAGCCAGUCCGAUGACUCUCAACCAAGCGCAACUGCACCUGACAGCAAGCCUUCAGCUACUCAAGCAGACCCUGCGUCUGAUCCUGCUCCUACUGAUGCAGCCGACCCUACCUCGGACGACUCUGCCAAAACCGACGCUGAGGCUACUCAGGCUACUAAUGAACAAACAAAACCAUCUGCCACUGAUGCUGAGCCUACCAACAACGAUUCUGCAAAGACAACCGCUGCCGAUCCCUCCCCCACAAACGCUUCUCCCACUAGCAAGCCUGCCGAGAAGUCUAGUGCUGCUGAUAGCAAGCCCUCUGAGACAGCUGCUGCCACACAAUCUGAGGCUACCGACAACGCCGAGUCAUCAGCUUCUGCGACUGAUGCCAAGACUGCUGCUCAGUCGACAACCAACUCCCCAGCAGCCACUAGCACAUCCGGGAACAACCAGAACAGUGACGACGCCAGCAGCACCGCCAGCGAGAACAACGAUGAGGCUUCCAGCACUGCCGCCGAGAAGAACACCCGGACUACCGCUAGACCUGUUACCUCUACGCACGUCGCCGUCGUCACAAGGACAAACAGCGAUGGGGAUCUUGAGACCAUGACUACUACGAGUGUGUCUACGUCAACACCUGGUCUGAGCGACGGUGGUGACGAUGGAGGCUCUUCAGGCAUGUCGGCCAAGACCCGCAACACAGUUAUCGGAGUUGUUGUCGGUAUUGGUGGUGCAAUUGUUGUUGGUGCCCUUGGCCUUGUCGCAUGGCGAAUUUGGGGGCGCAAGAAGCACCAAGAAGAAGCUGAUGGUCUUAUGGACUUCAACGAGAACAAUAGCCGUCCUAGCAGCAACGGCCCUUAUCACAGCAUUGAGAAGACUGAGUACGGGAGUGUCGGGAGCUCAGGGCCUCAACGCAGCCCAUUCCAAUCCACGCUGGACACUUAUCACCAGCCAACACCAGUGAACGCCUCGUCCAACUUUUAACGACGGAGUCUCAUACUUCCUUUGCAUCAUUGAUAAAAAGCAUUCUCUUUUCCUUUAUUUUUCACAUUUUGCACCCAUUCGUUUCGAUGGAGGUCUUCAAGGUCAUAGGCGUUUCGGACACGAAUAUUUUUCACAGGGGAGUCAUAUAGAAAGUGCUGUACGAAUUUGAUAAUGAAAGUCACGGCUGCAAUCGGCUGAAGCAGCAUAUAUCCCUGGGUCCCAAAACCUUGCGGUAUUUGGGGCAAAUCAUUUGCAGCAUGCAUGACCUGGUUCAUGGUUCCAGUUUUUGAGUUGUCUGGGCUUGAUCAUGCUGCAUAUAAACAUAUACUUCUUCCCUCCCGCAGCCAAGCCAACCAUCCGCUAUGUAAUGGGAUUGUGUAUGUAGAAACUCAAUUAAUAAUAUCUCAAGCCUGGCUUGUAUAAUGCGUUCUUGAAGUCGAGCAUGAGUGAAGUGGAC